AUGACCACGGGUGGAGUUUGGCAGGGACCUUCCGCCUGCGACACGCCCGCAGGUCACUCGUCUUCGUCGCCGCCUGCCCCGAACUCACCAGGCCAUUCACUGCCGUCUGGGCUGACGACAAAUCAGCCCAGUGGAGCGCCGAAUGGUACCCACGCGGACGUACCAAACAGCUCCCGCGAGCCCAAGCCGUCGUCGCUAGCGCCGCGGAACAACAGAGCCUGCGACGGUUGCCGAGCUCGCAAGGUCAAGUGCCUUUUCGAGCCCGGGAAACAGGACUGUCACGGCUGCACUCUGCUUCAGAUCAGAUGCACUCACAACCGGCCCCGCAGGAAAAGGGGCCCGCCAAAUAGGGCAAUCCAGAGCCUCGAACAGGAUGUCGUUGCUUUGUUUCCGGCUCCUGAUCCUGCAGGCGGGGCUGAUCCUGGCGAAGGUCCAGUCAGUCCUUGGGGUCAACCGCGGGAGCAUGGGGUUCGUGGCGAUAGGUUGUCCCGACUGGCCUCGAUGGAGCUCGUCGAACAGGUGCUGAAUGACUGGUUCGAGAAGUUGCAUCCCCUCACGCCCGUGUUGCACCGGCGACAUUUCAUGUGGCGGCUGCGCCAGGGCGAAGCAUCCUCAAACAACACUACCGGCAGGAUAUUUUGUGCACUUGUCGCGAGCACAUGCGCGGUAACAGCGGCCUCUCUUCGUUGUUGGGCAGGCUCCAUUAACGCCAGGCGGUGUUUGGCCUUCAUAGAUGAGCUGGAGCUCUUACACCGUCGUCCAGCAAGCGAUGCCGGCAGCGACACGUUUGAGUACUCACUCGACUGGUGUAUAGCCAUGUACAACGUGGGAGCGGCCCUGUUUUCACUCUCUGGGAAUUCAACCUAUACCCCGGGAGUGCACGGGGCCUUUUCGCAGGCGGCAGAGGGUGUCAGGUACAUCCUGCGCUACCGCAUGUCGGACACGUCAUUUGCAGAUCAACAAUUGCUCAAGAGGCUGCUGUGGCUGUUGUUCUGCUCAUCAAAUAUUCUGGACUCGAGAGGCCACCUUUCAUUCCUAGUUAUCGGCCACCACGACGACUUGACAUCGCUAAGACCACAGGACCUGAACGACCUCAGCCUCAGCGUCGGGCUCUACCAGCAGCUCUCAGUCGACGACCUGAGCCCGUGGCACGGAGACCAAAUCUCGUACAUCCCCGCGCUUCUCGGGCUGGCCGACCUGUUCAUGGUCUGGCACCGGGCCCAAAACGCCGUGAUGCGCAACGACGACGAGGCCCAGGCCGCCUUGACCACGUACCUGGCAGACCUGCAGUCCGUCAUGGACUCGCUGCCGCCGGAGCUACGCUGGCGCGGGUCCGCGGCGAUGCCCGCCACGUCGACGUGCGUUACCAUGGGCCACCAGGCCCAAGUGGCCAACCUGAUGGUGACGAGCCUAUACAUUCGCUCCGACCUGCUCCGAAAGUUCCCCCCGGCUGACGACGCGGGGCGGCGGCGGCACUACCAAGAACACGAGCGCGUCGUGGACGGCCUGAUCGACGUCAUGUGGAACGUGCCGGACUCUGUUCUUGAGCACGACGGCCGGCAUGUGAUACCCAAGCUUCGGGAGUGCGCGGCGGCGUACGGCGAGUACAUAAGCCUCGAGUUGGACGGGGUGAAGGUGCUCCCCGCCGGCAAGGCCAAGUUGGAGCUGUUGCUGAAGAAGCUGGAUAUCAUCGAUUGCUGGCCUGGGCCGGUUCAUUCUGAGAAUCACGGAGUCGGUGGAGAACGGUUGGGUUCUGAAGGGGCGGGAGUCUUUCUUGGGCAUGAUUUAUUGUGGAAUGAUUUGCGGAUGGGGUCAUUAACACGUGUCGAGUAG